AUGACCUCUCCCGUUUCAUCAGAGGAACAGCAACUCUUUGAAAAAGAUCAUCAAUUGGAAAGCACAGCAAGUAAAGAAGACGUCGCUGCAUUGGACCAAAAGACCAAUGAUUUGAAAUUACCGCUUGUUCCAGACGAGCCAGAUCUUGUAAAUGGCAACCAAGAAAAGAAAGUUUCAGGAGGUGGAAGGGAUGGAAUGACCUCUCCCGUUUCAUCAGAGGAACAGCAGCUCUUUGAAAAAGAUCAUCAAUUGGAAAGCACAGCAAAUAAAGACAACGUUGCUGCAUUGGACCAAGAGACCACUGCAGGUAACAAUUUAGUUCUAUCAUUAUAGAGUCACAGUUUUAAUGCAUGCAAGUUAAUAUAAGAAAGAUCGUAUGCUUGAAAUGCGUAGAAAGAUAUAUAAUGACUAAUAUCAUUGGUAUAUUCUCUUACAUUCACUUGACCAGGAAAAAAGUGUACAUCAGAUACCAAUAUAUUUUUCUGUUGGUACCAAUAUGAUGACGUGCUUAAAGACCAAAGCAAAAAAGUGUUAACUUCCUGUAGGCCGGGUGGCUGAGAGAGCGUCAGGGAGGGUGGCAAGUGGCCCUUCAAGAAUCCGAAGAAAUAGCCCUUUUCACGGUUACCUUUGCUCAUUUGCAUUACAAUAAAAUCUAGCAUGUAUG